GGGAGGACGUAGGGAAGGUGUGAUGGGGCAGUCUGAAGAGGGGUGGGGAGCAGGGGCUUCAGGGUCUACUGGGGGCUUUGGGACUGGGGUGGAGGCUCUCACAGGGAGUCCUGGCUUGACCUCCCCACCGUGGCCUGCAGGCCAUGCCAGUGGGUUGGGUCCCCACCGGAGAAAGAGGACCACCUUCAGCAGAGGGCAGCUGCUGGAGCUGGAGCGAGUGUUUGCAGCACGGCCCUACCCCGACAUCGGCACCCGUGAGCACCUGGCCCGGGUCACCUCUCUUCCUGAGGCCAAGAUACAGGUGUGGUUCCAGAACCGCAGAGCCAAGAGAAUCAAGAAUAGAAAGCCAGGAGGCCUAAGCCCCAGGCCUGAGCCUCCCCAGAGAUCCUGUUCUCUUCCGGACACCAUCCAGCGGUCCCCAGAGCCCUGGACCCUUGGCCAGCCUCCACCCUCCAACAGCACAGCUCAGUGUGCCUCUGUGUGUCGACACGCUUCCUGCCCAGCUCCUGGCUUGGGUCCAGGGCAGGGCUGGGUGGGGGCUAAAGCUGCAGCCCCCUGGGCACCAGCUGGGCCUUCCGGGGCCCACCUCUCUUCCGAGCGAGCUGCUCCCCAGACCUCACUGGGCAUUCUGUCUGACCUCAUCUAUGCCUCGGCCAUAGUCACCAACCUGGACCAUUCCUAA